AUGGAUAUUUCCGAUCCCUUAAAGAAGAGGUUAGAAUGGAUGAGUUGUGAUGAUAGGACUCAUACAUUAUACAUUAAUGGAGUGAAAGAAUGUUUAGACUUUGCUUUUACUGAUUUACCUACCGGUAGUGAAAUUGAGGAAGAAGAAACUAAAGUCCCUUGCCCAUGUAAUCGAUGCAACAAUAGUAGACACAAAACUAGGGAAGAUAUUUUUGAGGAUUUGUUAUUGAACGGAAUUGUGAAAGGUUAUGUUCGUUGGAUCUAUCAUGGUGAAUAUAAACCCCCUGAAAAACGAUGUAGAGUUGAAACGGGAGAUAAGGGCCGGGAUGAAAUUUUUGAAAUGAUCUUUGAUGCUCAUGAGCCAAUGAGUUCAUAUGAUGUUCUAGAUGAGGAAGUUGAUAACCAUCCAGAACAUAACGACAUAAAGGGUUUAGGAGCUUUUGAAAGAUUAUUGAGAGAUGCUCAACAACGUCUAUACUCUGGUUGUGAUGACUAUUCAAAGUUGUUAUUUAUUUUAGAGAUGUUCCAAAUCAAAUGCAUGGAAGGAAUAACUAACAAAGCUUUCACAAAGAUGCUUAAAAUGUACAAACGUGUUUUACCCAAAGAUGCAAAUGUGCCAUCAACAUACCGAGAAGCACGUAAAAUGGUUACUAAUUUGGGUUUUGAUUAUGAGAAGAUUGAAGCAUGUGAGAAUGAUUGUAUGUUGUUCUGGAAAGAGAGUGCUAACCUUGAAAAAUGUAGUGUAUGUGAUACAAAACGUAAUAAAACUUCUCCAAAAGUAUUGCGCUAUUUCCCAUUAACACCAAGAUUGCAAAGGCUGUUUAUGUCACGUAAAACUGCUAAUGACAUGAGAUGGCAUAAAGAUAAGCGAGAUGAUGAUGGAAUUCUUAGACACCCGGCUGAUAGCAAAGCAUGGAAGCAUUUCGAUGAGUCGUAUUCUUCUUUUGCUUUAGAGUCUCGUAACGUGAGAUUAGGUUUGGCAUCUGAUGGGUUUAACCCCUUUGGUGGUCUAAGAAGUGACUAUAGUAUAUGGCCAGCAGUGAUUGUCGUUUACAAUCUCCCUCCAUGGAUGUGCAUGAAACAACCUUAUACAAUGUUAUCUCUGUUAAUACCCGGUAAGAGUGCACCAGGCAUUAACAUUGACGUGUAUUUGAAACCUUUAGUUGAAGAACUAAAACAGUUGUGGGAAUUUGGGGCCAAGACUUAUGAUGCUUCAAAAAAUGAAUACUUUGAUAUGCAUGCAGCUCUCUUAUGGACUAUUAAUGAUUUUCCAGCGUAUGCAAACUUAUCUGGGUGGUCUACCAAAGGUUAUAAGGCAUGUCCUUGUUGUAUGAAUGAAACUUCUUCAACUAGACUACCUAAUUGUAGGAAAUGUUGCUAUAUGGACCAUCGACGAUUCCUUCAUGUAGAUCACAAAUGGAGAAAUAGUAAGUCUUUCAAUGGAAAAGUUGAAAGAAGAAGUCGCCCAAAGAAAUUAUCAGGUAAUGAGAUUUUAGAGCAAGUUAAAGAUCUCGAAGGAAUGAAAUUUGGGAAAACGUUUAAGUUGCCAAAGAGAAAGGAUAACUGGAAGAAGAAGAGUAUAUUUUUUGAUUUGCCUUACUGGAGUAGCCUCUUGAUUCGUCAUAACCUUGAUGUCAUGCAUAUCGAAAAAAAUGUAUGUGAUAAUAUUCUAGGCACUUUACUAGACAUUGAAGGUAAAAGUAAAGAUCACAUAAAAGCCAGACAUGACUUAAAGCAUGUGAAUAUUAUGAAGCAUCUUGCCCCAAAACUGGUUGACGGUAAAUGGCAUAUACCUGCAGCACCUUAUACAUUGUCUAAAUCUCAAAAAAUAGCAGUGUGUAAAUAUUUGGAAGAUAUAAAGGUUCCGGAUGGGUAUUCAUCUAACUUUUCUAAGUGCAUAAACCUUGAUAAGCGUAAGAUUUGGGGACUUAAAACACAUGAUUGUCAUGUUCUUCUAGAGGAAUUGUUACCCUUGGCGAUUCGUGGAGUAUCAUCUGCCAAAGUGUAUGAGGUUGUUACUAAAUUGAGUGAAUUUUUUAAGAAUUUGUGUUCCAAGUCUUUGAAACUUAAGGACUUGAAUGAUCUUGAGAAUCAUAUUGCUAUCACCUUAUGUGAAAUGGAAAAGAUUUUCCUUCCUUCCUUUUUUGAUGUGAUGGUGCACUUGUGUGUUCACCUUGCUGAGGAAGCUAAGUUAGCUGGGCCAGUUCACUAUCGAUGGAUGUAUCCUAUUGAAAGGUAUUUAAAUGAAAUGGAGACAAGAUAUAAUCAACCUGAGAGGAAUGCAGAUCAUGGAAAUGAUGUAUAUAAGGGACUAUCAAUAUUUUCUCCAUAUGGUAUUCCCUUGGGAAAGGCCAAGUCUAGAUAUCUUAGCAAUGAAGAGUUGGUACAAGCUCAAGAAUAUGUGCUGAAAAAUUGCGAUGAAGCUGAAUUAUACCUUAGUGAAUAUACACCGGGAAGCAACGGAAAAAAUUUGCAGGAAUGGUUUCAAGAUCGGGUAACAACAUUUCCAGAAGAAAGUGGGGAUCAAGUAAUCAAAGAUUUAAGAACAUUGGCUUUAGGACCUUUUAGAGGUGUCCAAUGUUUCGGUGGAUAUCUAGCUAAUGGUUUUAGAUUUCAUACUAGCGAUAUUGAAAAGAAGAGAAAAAACCAAAAUUCCGGAGUUAUGGUGAAGGGAAUUGUAGAAUCUAAAGAUAUUGAUUAUUAUGGGGUUCUUAAUGACAUAAUUUCGCUGCAAUAUUUAGAUGGGAAGCGUGUGAUUUUGUUCCGUUGUGAUUGGUGGGAUGUUCAUAAGAUUGGUAGAGGUGUUAAAAUUGACAAAGGUGGUGUAGUUAGUGUCAACACUAGAUAUAAGUGGAAUACUAGUGAGCCAUUUGUGCUUAUGUCUCAAGCUCAACAAGUUUUUUAUGUCCGAGAUGGUUUUGAUCCACAUUGGUUGGUUGUUGUUAAGACUCAUUCGCGACAUCAAUAUGACAUCCCUGAGAAUGAAAAUAUUGAGGUAGAUGAGGAUGCAUUACAACAAAGUGACUCUAUGUCCUUUGAUGAUGUCUUCUUGUCAGGUGAUCCAGAUUUGGAGGACAUUCAUAAUCCAUUUGAUGGGAGAAGAGAUGACACUGAUGACAUAAUAAUAGAUGCCAAUGACCAAAAUCAACCUAAGAUUUUUGAUGGAAUUGAAAAUGAAGAUGAUGAAGUUGAUUUUGAUGAAGACAAAGACGGUGAUGAUGGCAAUGACAUUAGCGAUGGUGAUGGAGAGGAGGACGACGAUGAUGAUAUUGCUUGA